AUAUACCGCCUAAUAGGAAGAGUACGCUUCUUUGACCUGACAGUGGUUUCUUAAAAAUAACAUUCGGACAGUAAAAAGGAAAUCCACCCAACAAUAGCUUCUUAACGCCAAGCAACUAUAUUGACGUGCCAUGUUACAUAUGUUUCUUAUUUGUAUGGAUAGUUCAUCCCAUUCAUUUUAUUUACACUUUUCUAGUUAAAGAUAUGUAGUUUACAAGUAAAUAAGUUUAUGGAUGAACAUUCUUAUUCAUUUUUUGAGUUACAGCAAAUGAAUGCCUUAUAGAAGCAUGCCCAUUUAAACUCUUUAUACUUACAGUAAUCUAUUUUCUGUGAUACAUUUAUAAUUCUUGUAAUUGAAUGCUAAAGCGCAAAGCGGUCAGACGUUGUUCUGCACAUUAUUAUGUGACUGCUGAAGACCACGUGGAAAACGAAGUAAAACACGAAAAACUUCUAACAGAAACUUCUCGAUUAUCAUCUUCAUGGGCUGGUCUAAGUGUUUCAUGCAGUGAAUCUAGCGAUAGAGAUUGUUCAUCGUCUUCUACAUCUGUGAAUAGCAGCCCUAAUCAUCGUCCAAGUUCUUUCAGUGGGCCUCUGGUAAUUUCCGUCACUUGUUCUUAUCCUAUCUGCUCCGGAGUUAGCAACUGUGGUCCUUCUGUUGCCACUGGUUCUAGUAAGGGUAUGCCUUCGAGUCCUCCUCAUUUUCCUCGAUCAUCUUCUUGCUAUCCGUCACCGGUUGCGUCACCUGUCUCUUCACGCGUUCAGUGUUAUUCACCUUCUUUACCAACCUCAACUGUUUCUCCCAAUCCCCGUCGAUUUAGCAAUACCGGUGGUGCAAGUCCUUUGCUUGUUUCAGCUGCUCUUGGACGCAAACGAGGGUAUUUGUCUUGUGUGUCUGGGGGUGCAGGUUCUAGUGAUGAUGCUAGUCGUGAGGGAUCACCAGAAUCUUCAUGUUGCCACAGAAAUAACAAAUCUUCAUGUCAAAAUGAUGUCCGGAUAUGUAGCAGUGGCACAAAUCCAUAUUCUGACUUCCCCUAUUUCCGUUGGCCACCGAGUUUACCUGUAGUAUCGAGUCCUUCUAGCCCAUCAUGUCAACUUUUUUCUGUGGCUACAAACUCCAAUAACUCCAGUAGCCCAUCUUCAAUUCCUCCUUCUCCUCAUGUCCUGCCCUCAUCUCCUAUAUCUUCUAUCUCCCAUUCUUCAAUACCAUCCGGUGUUGUUGAAUGUACACGCUCUCCAAACGACCUUAAUGUCUCUAAUGCAUUAAGUACAAAUGAGAUUACGGAUUCUAUGAUGGACUUAGAUGUUAAGAAGUGUUCUAAUUCAAAUUAGUCACAUGGAUUGUAAUCAUGUCUUCUUGUUACAUUUCAAUGUUAAUAAAUACUGAAAAUAUCCCUUUCAUCGACGUCAAAUGUCUUACUGUAUGUCUGAAUUUUUGUCUUCGUUAAACUUUUCUAUCUACCUCUAGGGCUUUUAUUUUCCACUUUCAAUGAGAUUUACUCUGUGUAUCCUUAUAAUACCCAAUUUACUACUUUUUUAUAAUUCAUUUUUUGCUGAAUAUUAAACUGAUGUCUUGUAAAGUGUUGUUCAGCUCAAGAUCUUUCGCUAUCCCGAUGGUAAACCACAUUUGGUAAUUAUGCUUAUAUUAUGAAAAAUGGUACAUUUUUAUAAUCAGUGAUUAACCGACUCUUAAAAAACUUCUGUUUUCCCAAAAACGUUAGUUUUUAUUGUGGUUUUCAUUAUUGGUGGAAGUUCGUGAAUCUCGUGCGUUCGAUGCAUAUUUCAGUUUAAUAACUAGAUAUUUACGUCUUUUGAUUAUGCUCACUUGAGUAAUCAUAUCGACAAAAAAUUUCACACAUUAUGUAUCUGUUUCAUUUAACACCCAGAUUAUUAGGAGAGGCUUUACAUUAUGUGAAGUACAGUUUGAGGUGUUUUCAUUAAUAAAUUUAAUACAGUUCAUCAUAAUGUAUAA